GUAGGAAGCGACGGAGAGAGCAGCGGCUUCCUGCCUGUGGCUCCGCCCCUCCGCUCCAUUCUUCCCGAAUCUAGGGGCUUACCUGCGCCUUGCCCGGCACCCCGGGAGGCCGGGGCUCGACGGUUCCGAUGGAGACCCAGCUGCAGAGCAUUUUCGAGGAGGUGGUGAAAACUGAAAUUAUAGAAGAGGCUUUCCCAGGGAUGUUUAUGGACACCCCCGAGGAUGAAAAAACAAAACUAAUUAGCUGUUUGGCAGCCUUCCGACAGUUUUGGAAUGGGCUUUCUCAGGAGUCACAUGAACAGUGUGUCCAGUGGAUUGUUAAAUUCAUCCAUGGCCAACACAGUCCCAAAAGGAUCUCCUUCCUGUAUGAUUGCUUAGCGAUGGCGGUCGAGACUGGUCUCCUUCCACCCAGGAUGGUGUGUGAAUCGUUGAUAAACUCUGACACACUUGAAUGGGAAAGAACACAGCUUUGGGCCUUAACUUUUAAGCUGGUUCGGAAAAUCAUCGGAGGAGUGGAUUACAAGGGUGUUCGAGACCUCCUAAAAGUGAUUUUGGAGAAAAUCUUGACAAUCCCGAAUACAGUAAGCUCUGCUGUUGUCCAGCAGCUUCUGGCAGCAAGAGAGGUUAUAGCUUAUAUCUUGGAACGAAAUGCCUGCCUGUUACCAGCCUAUUUUGCAGUCACAGAGAUCAGGAAACUAUAUCCUGAGGGAAAACUUCCACACUGGUUACUAGGAAACUUGGUAUCAGACUUUGUGGACACUUUCAGGCCCACAGCGAGGAUAAACUCCAUUUGUGGCCGUUGCAGCCUUCUGCCAGUUGUGAACAACUCUGGAGCCAUCUGUAACUCAUGGAAGCUGGACCCUGCAACUCUGCGCUUCCCUCUGAAAGGCCUUUUGCCAUAUGAUAAGGAUCUGUUUGAACCACAGACUGCUUUGUUGAGAUAUGUAUUGGAGCAGCCUUAUUCCAGGGAUAUGGUCUGCAAUAUGCUAGGUUUAAAUAAGCAGCACAAGCAGCGCUGCCCUGUGCUGGAGGACCAGCUGGUGGACCUGGUGGUAUACGCCAUGGAGAGGUCUGAGAACGAGGAGAAGUUUGACGAUGGGGGGACCAGCCAGCUCCUGUGGCAGCACCUCUCCAGCCAGCUCAUUUUCUUUGUGCUUUUCCAGUUUGCCAGUUUCCCACAUAUGGUCCUCUCUCUCCACCAGAAGUUAGCAGGGCGAGGACUGAUCAAAGGGAGAGACCACCUGAUGUGGGUUCUGCUCCAGUUCAUUUCUGGAAGCAUUCAGAAAAAUGCACUCGCCGAUUUUCUUCCUGUCAUGAAACUCUUUGAUCUGCUGUACCCAGAAAAGGAGUGUAUCCCAGUUCCUGAUAUUAACAAACCGCAGUCAACACAUGCCUUUGCAAUGACUUGUAUUUGGAUUCAUCUUAAUAGAAAAGCUCAAAAUGACAACUCCAAGCUCCAGAUCCCAAUACCCCAUUCCCUGAAGCUGCACCAUGAGUUCCUACAGCAGAGUCUGAGAAAUAAAAGCUUACAGAUGAAUGACUAUAAGAUUGCCCUGCUGUGUAAUGCAUAUUCCACAAAUUCAGAGUGUUUUACGUUACCUAUGGGGGCUCUAGUAGAGACUAUUUAUGGAAAUGGAAUUAUGAGAGUGCCCCUUCCGGGAACAAGCUGUUUGGCCUCAGCGUCUAUAACCCCCUUACCAAUGAACCUCCUGGACUCACUGACAGUGCACGCCAAGAUGAGCCUUAUUCACAGCAUUGCAACCAGAGUGAUAAAACUUGCUCAUGCAAAAUCCAGUGUCGCGUUAGCUCCAGCCCUCGUGGAAACGUACAGCCGUUUACUGGUCUAUAUGGAAAUAGAGUCUUUGGGCAUCAAAGGAUUUAUCAGUCAGCUUCUGCCCACUGUCUUUAAGUCCCACGCCUGGGGCAUCCUGCACACGCUGCUGGAGAUGUUCAGCCACCGCAUGCACCACAUUCAGCCUCAUUACAGAGUGCAGCUCCUGAGCCAUCUGCACACACUGGCUGCGGUCGCACAGACCAACCAGAACCAGCUCCACCUGUGUGUGGAAAGCACUGCGCUGAGGCUCAUCACAGCACUAGGGAGCUCAGAGGUCCAGCCACAGUUCACGCGUUUCCUCAACGAUCCCAAAACGGUGCUGUCAGCAGAAUCUGAAGAGCUGAACCGAGCCCUGAUCCUGACCUUAGCCCGAGCAACCCACGUCACAGAUUUUUUUACAGGAUCUGAUUCAAUACAGGGAACUUGGUGUAAAGAUAUCCUUCAGACCAUCAUGAAUUUUACUCCUCACAAUUGGGCGUCACACACCCUUAGCUGUUUUCCAGCCCCUCUGCAGGCAUUCUUCAAGCAAAAUAAUGUACCCCAAGAAAGUCGUUUUAAUCUUAAAAAAAAUGUGGAAGAAGAAUAUAGGAAGUGGAAGUCAAUGACUGAUGAAAAUGAAAUCAUUACCCAGUUCUCUGUGCAAGGCUUUCCUCCUCUGUUCCUCUGUCUUCUCUGGAAAAUGCUCUUGGAGACGGAUCAUAUCAGUCAGAUUGGAUAUAGAGUACUGGAGAGGAUUGGGGCCAGGGCCUUGGUAGCCCACGUGAGAACGUUUGCAGAUUUCUUGGUAUAUGAGUUCUCUACGUCAGCAGGAGGUCAGCAACUCAACAAGUGCAUCGAGAUCCUUAACGACAUGGUGUGGAAGUAUAACAUUGUCACCCUGGACAGGCUAAUUCUCUGCCUGGCCAUGCGCAGUCAUGAAGGAAAUGAGGCCCAGGUUUGCUAUUUCAUAAUUCAGUUGCUGCUGCUCAAACCAAAUGACUUCAGAAAUCGGGUAAGCGACUUUGUGAAGGAAAACUCCCCAGAGCACUGGCUGCAGAAUGACUGGCACACCAAGCACAUGAGCUACCACAAGAAAUAUCCCGAGAAGCUGUAUUUUGAAGGCCUGGCAGAACAGGUUGACCCUCCCGUACCAAUCCAGUCCCCCUAUCUUCCCAUCUACUUUGGAAAUGUGUGUCUGCGGUUCCUUCCUGUGUUUGAUAUAGUAAUCCACAGAUUUUUGGAGCUGCUUCCUGUGUCCAAAUCACUGGAGACACUCCUGGAUCACCUCGGGGGCUUGUACAAAUUCCACGACCGGCCAGUGACUUACCUGUAUAAUACUUUGCACUAUUAUGAAAUGUGCCUGAGAAACCGUGACCAUCUCAAACGAAAACUUGUCCAUGCAAUCAUUGGGUCCCUCAAAGACAACCGGCCUCAGGGCUGGUGUCUCAGUGACACCUACCUGAAGUACGCUAUGAAUGCGCGCGAAGACAACCCUUGGGUCCCAGAGGACUCCUACUACUGCAAGCUGAUUGGCCGGCUGGUAGAUACUAUGGCUGGCAAAUCCCCUGGACCUUUCCCAAACUGCGACUGGAGAUUCAAUGAGUUCCCCAACCCUGCUGCCCAUGCUCUGCAUGUCACCUGUGUGGAGCUCAUGGCCUUGGCAGUUCCAGGCAAAGAUGUUGGGAAUGCCCUUCUAAAUGUCGUCCUGAAAAGUCAGCCCUUAGUGCCAAGGGAGAACAUCACAGCGUGGAUGAACGCAAUUGGUUUGAUCAUCACUGCCCUCCCGGAGCCAUACUGGAUUGUCCUGCACGACCGCAUCGUGAGUGUUAUCAGCAGCUCUAGCCUGACGUCAGAGACAGAGUGGGUUGGUUACCCCUUCCGCCUCUUCGACUUCACGGCUUGCCAUCAGUCCUACUCCGAGAUGAGCUGCAGCUACACCUUAGCGCUUGCACAUGCCGUGUGGCACCAUUCCAGCAUCGGGCAGCUUUCACUCAUUCCAAAGUUUCUCACUGAAGUGCUUCUUCCUGUGGUAAAGACUGAAUUCCAGCUGCUCUACGUGUACCAUCUUGUAGGCCCAUUUUUACAGAGAUUCCAACAGGAGAGAACCCGGUGCAUGAUCGAGAUUGGUGUGGCAUUUUAUGACAUGCUGUUGAAUGUAGACCAGUGCAGCACACACUUAAAUUACAUGGACCCCAUCUGCGACUUCCUGUAUCAUAUGAAGUAUAUGUUUACUGGUGACAGUGUAAAAGAGCAAGUGGAGAAGAUUAUCUGUAAUUUAAAGCCAGCUUUAAAGCUUCGUCUUCGAUUCAUCACACACAUUAGCAAGAUGGAGCCCGCAGUGCCGCCUCAGGCCCUCAGCAGUGGGUCUCCAGCGCCUCAGUCUAAUCAGGUGCCAACAUCUCUGCCAGUGACUCAGUGAAGUCAGAGGCACCUGACGCUGAGGAGUGCACGGCCUGUGUGGGGACUCCGUCUAAAUCUGAGCACUGCGCCAAGGAGGCAGGAGCGGCCAGCACGUUCAGAUUGGUCUAUUCUGAUUCAUAUACUGAAUCUUCACUCCCUUCUCCCUGGCUGUAUUUUUGUCUCUAAGAGAUUAAGUAAGCUACAUGUUGUCCUAUUUAUAACAAUCUAUUAAAGCCCCGAGGAAUGUGGGUGGGUCUAUAAUUAAGGGGCUUUUAUCAGGCACUCUCAGAUUGCCUGUUUCAGCCAUUUUUAAAUUAUUUUAAGUGACCUCUUCAUGUUUUCUAUGCGUCAUCAUAAAGACACAACACACAUAAAAUGGUCAUUACAAACUUUUGUACAUAAAUGUCCUUUGGUGUGUCUUCUGCAUAGAGCCUUUUUAUUAAUUAAAAGGCCUUAUGUUUCAUUUGCAUUACAGGAACAAAUGAA